AAUUAACCAUGGUCUCUUCAUUUAAAAUAUCAAGUAUCGCCUCUGCUGAUUGGUAUUUUGAAUGGAAGGCUUCUUCAUAAUGAUGUCAUAAUUAUUUUAAUAUAAGUCAUAAUAAUUCUCCAGCUGGUCCUCAGUAUGAUUUAAUAGCCUUUGUUUUGUUACUGUGUAUAUAAACAGGUUUACUAUGCUGGAGCAGGAUGUUUUUGUUUGGCCAGUAGAGGGCACUGGUGCAGCACUUUUUCAACCCCUGAAAACACUUAUCACAGCUUGCACUCCCAAGUAGGAGGACAAACUCUGUUGACCAAAUGGGUGAAUGAUAAGUGCUUCGUUAGCAGGUCUGCAUGUGUGUGCGUGCUUGGUGUCGUCUUCCAUUCCGUGUUAAACUUCGAGCACGCCUCUCUAACCUGCUUUACGAUACUCAUAAAGUGUUUUCGAGAAUAUAAUGGUGCUUAUCACUAAAGUGACGGGACUUUGUUUUGUCGCUUGGGUCUCUUGUCUGCACACAUGAGGGCGUUGGCUCUGAUUCGUGGGCGCGGAGCCAUUUUUGUCGGGUUUACGGUGGAGUUGUGGCGGGAAUGAUUUAAGUAGAUAAGACCUGACAAAUUAUAUUUUGCUGUGUGUGACUCUCUGUGUAGUGAUCUAGUAGAUGUUGCAAAUGUGUCCAACUGUGACUCCAACCUGAGGGUCUCGCUGCAGGCCUGGGGAAGGAGUAGAGGGUAAUGACCUUCAGUGUCUGUGGGGGUGUGUGCUCAUUCCUCCUCCUUGCUACCCAGGAAGGUGAAAAUGAUGGACAUUGUAGCACAGAAAAUGCCAUCCGAAAGUGACGUGCACAUGGCCAGAAGCUUUCUCACGAAGAUUUUGCGAAGUUCCAUGAGGAGGAGCGACCCUGCAGGCCGGCCUCAUUCCUGGCACUCCAGCAAGUUCACAGAGGCCCAACCAGAAGUGGUCACGGUACAGCCGACACCCACGCCGGCUUGGCACGCGAGGCACAGCACCAGUCCACAGGAGCUCUCCCCAUGCUGGGACCAGACGAACCUGCGUCGUGUGUCGGACCAGUUUAGCUCUCUAGGCAGCAUGGACAGCCUCGAGCAGUCCUCACACCCGUUCCCGUCGGGACACCUGUCCCUGGCCAAGUCCAGCGGCAGCGUCGACCACCUUGGCACGAGCGGCGGCGGCUCCAAGCGGGACUCUGCCUACAGCUCAUACUCUACCGGCUCUGGCACGCCAGACUACACGCUGUCCCGCAGCACGGAGAACGCGCUGCACAAGGUGGGCCAGUGGGACUCAGGGGGGCGCGUCGGCCGGAACAGCUAUGGCCUGGUGGAGGGGGGCCACCCGGACGAGCGCCCGUUCCACCUAGCCGUGCCCCUGGGGCCGGAGGGCCACGAGGGCCCCAGGGCUGACGAGCCACCCGGCUCUCGCAACUCCAGUUCCAGCAGGUCCAGCAUCGCGCCCGUGUGGCACGUGCCUGAAAAGAAGAAGGCCGCUGCCCCCUCCCCGCCCCCACCGCUGCCCCCCGUGCGUAGCGACAGUUUCGCCGCCACCAAGGUCCAUGAGAAAGGGCUGGCUGUCCCCUAUUCCGAAGCACCUGCACACCCCAGCCAGCAGAGGGCGCCCGGGAGAGCUGUGGACAGGGGCAUGGGUGAGGGCCACGAUGGCACCCACAGGGUCCCCCGACCACACGAGAGAGGGUCCGAGGUGCAGAAAAGUUACAACCCCCUCAAGCCCGACACUUUCUACUCCCACGCCACCCCAGAUGUCUACGGCAACAGCGGAAGUCCAGUGACUUCCAACAAACUGUACUCCUUAUCCAGCAGUGACGUGCGUCUGGGCCAGCAGGUGUACCCCCACACACCCUACCACCCACGGCAGUACAGCGAUGAGAGCCCCCUCUAUCCUCAGACCAGGACCCCGUCCGCACAGUGGCAGCAGAGCCCGGCCGGCUAUUACAGCAGCAUGCAGGAGCUGUCGUUCAGUGGACCGGCCCAGGCUGGGGUGCCUGGCAUGGCCACUGACCGGCUCCCUGAGGGUGGGGGUCACAGCCGAUUCUACUGCGUGACAGCCCGACAGGGGGCGCCGCAGCCAUCGCUGGGGAGGGCGGAGGGCUGGAUGGCUGGAGAUGUGGCCCAAAGUGUGGCGGGCGACCGAGGAUCCGUGAGCUCCCAGAAGGCAGGCAGGGUGAGGACUCAGCAGCAGGAAAACCCGGAGGUGCAGGAUGGCAGCUGGGACUACAGGCCGGAGGAGGACAAGGGUGGCCAGAGGAGGAGUAACGGCUACACGGCGGAGGGUCACUACUUGGCGUGCUCCCCCAGCAGCUACAGCGAGGAGAGGAAGCAGCAGGAGUGUCAGCCAGAGGCCUGGCCUCCCCCCGAAGAUGCACCCACCCACCCCCAGCGCACCCCCAUUCUGCACUGCCAGGAGAACACGGGGCCAGAAGCCCCAGAUCCGGUGCUGGGGAAGCAGGCCAAGUGUAACGACCGCUAUGCCACCACCCUGCGCAAUGAGAUCCAGCUGAAGAGGGCACAGCUGCAGAAGAGCAAGAGUGCGGCCGCCCUGAGCGCCGCCAGCGAGGCCCCAGGGGACACACAGCCCUGGGGGGCACCAUGCGCCAAGGCCGUCCCCUGUGACGGUUCCUUCACCAGCACCUACAAGGACAACCUGAAGGAGGCGCAGGCCAGGGUUCUGCAGGCUACGUCAUUCAGGAGGAGGGACCUGGAACCGGUUCUGCCAGAGCACGCCGGUCCUGAGCCCGUUCCUGAACACGUGGUACCCGGUCCAGCUCGCAGAGACAGUGGCCCGGAGCCCGUCCAGAGCAGGGCUGCCUCGGGCCCGGUGUCCCGGAUUGGCGGCCGCAAACGCUUUCCUGCAGAGAAGAAAGUGCGGUCCUUCUCCGAGCCGGAUAAGAUCAACGAGGUGGGUGUGGAGGAGGAUGUCCCGCCCCAGGAGCCACCUGAGUCUUUCGAGGACCGCCGCAGGGUCUUCGAGGCCAUGGGCGGAUCUGCAGCUCCCCGACCUGGAACCAACAAAACCCAGCCCCCCGGCGCCACGGAUGAGCGAGCUGAGAGCCAGACUGCCGCCAGCCGCCCAGACGAGACCCACGGCAGCCGCCACGCUGACAGCCAGGCCGUGCUGGAGAAGCAGCGGCUGGGCACUUUUGCAGAGUAUGAGGCCACCUGGAAUGUGCAGAGGAAGCCGACAGAGGCCAGGGUGGCUGGGAGGUACCGCUCAGCCGAAAACAUCCUGGACUCGGGCCUGGAGGAGCGUAGCAUGGGGUCCUACGUCCACGAGAGGUCACGCUCGUCACCUUCAGCGGACUUCUACGGGCAGGACAACUCGGCCGUGGGGAGGAAGCCAGCAGGGGGACCCCAGCCGGAAGAGGAGCCGGCCAGCCAGGAGACUGCCACCCGGAGGCUGUUCGACAGGGAGCGUCACUUCUCUGCCCCGGAGGGUGAACACCGUGGGGGCGACCCGUCCCAUCAUCAGCACCCCCUGCAGGACACCGAACCACCACCUUUGCCACCGGCCCUCAAGAAGAAAGGACCCCUGCCACAGAGGCCCCUCCCACCCCAGCUGGACAGGCACUGCCGUCCUGAGGCAGCGUCCUCUGCAGGGGAUACGCAGGAGUCUCCGCCUGUCCCUCCGGACAGCUGCUCUGUCAGGCCUUACUCUGCUGAAGCCCCGCCCCCAGGCCCUGACCACGCCCCAAGCUCCUCCCCCAGGAGAGACACUCAGCAGGGCACAAGGCACGAGGACGAGCAAGGAGCAGGACACGGAGCAUCACCCUCCCAGCCUGAGCCAGCUCCUCCUCCCCCUGCUGCCAUCAGCUCCUCCUCUUCAUCCUCUUCCUCCCACAAAGAAGCUGCCCUGCUCAAGCCCUCCAUGGAGGGAUACCGCUCUCUCUCCCCGCAGUUUGUGCCCCAGUGGCUGACCGACAGGCCGCCCGUGUCUCUGCAGGAUGAUGCUUCCAGCAGGAUGGAGAAUGCGGUGGAGGGCGGAGCUACGGUGAAGAAGGUGCCCAUCAAGAUUGUCCAUGCGGAGAGCAGCUCAGAGAAGGAGAGCCGGCGGUUCCUAAUGCCCAGCGACGCUGCUCCAGUUGCUGGGGGGCCUGGGGCCCCCGACAGCCCUCCACUGGGCCCCCGCAGCCCCUCUGAGCCAUCCUACUCGCCGUUUUGCGCUUACACACGUCAGAAAGACAACCAGCCUCAGAUGGAGCCUAAGUGGGAGGAGCCUGCAGAUGCGGGCCCCCCGGGGGCCACUCAGGAAGGCUCUCAUAAUGGGGGCCCACCUGCCGGCCCACUGGAGGAGGACAGGAAACGGGAGGAGCUAACCCGGGACAUUGUGGGGCGGGACAAAUCCCUGGCUGAUAUCCUGAACCAGACCAAGAUGAAGACCACCAUGGACCUGAUGGAGGGCAUAUUCCCUCAGGGGGAGCAGCUGGUGGAGGAGGCCCAGCAGCGCAGGAAAGUGGCCCCCAAACAGGCUCCCCGGAGGAGCACGGAGGAGAGGCAAGAUGAGGACAGCUUGGUGGCCGCCGUUCCCAUGGUAACAAGCUCCUCCUACUACAGCACAUCAGCCCCCAAGGCAGAGCUGUUGAUCAAGAUGAAAGACAUGCAGGAGGAGAUUGAGGAGCAGGACUCCGAGGACGAGCUGGACGUGGACCUGGCCAACAAGAAGCACGAACUGAUCGACAGCCUGAGCAGGAAGCUGGCAGUGCUGCGGGAGGCGAGGGAGAGUCUGCAAGAGGAUGUGCAGGCCAACAACGCGCUGGGUGAGGAGGUGGAGCUGACGGUGCAGCACGUCUGCAAGCCCAAUGAGCUGGACAAGUUCCGCAUGUUUGUGGGAGAUCUGGACAAGGUGGUGAGCCUGCUGCUGUCACUGUCCGGCCGGCUGGCCAGGGUGGAGAAUGCCCUCAACGGCCUGGAGGAGGGGGCACCGGCCGAGGAGAAGCGCACCCUAGAGGAGAAGAGGAAGCUGCUCAUCCGACAGCACGACGAUGCCAAAGAGCUGAAGGAGAACCUGGACCGGCGGGAGCACGUCGUCUACAACAUCCUGGCCAACUGUCUGAGCGAGGAGCACCUGGCCGACUACGAGCACUUCGUCAAGAUGAAGUCGGCGCUCAUUAUCGAGCAGCGCAAGCUGGAGGACAAGAUCAAGCUGGGGGAGGAGCAACUCAAGUGUCUGACGGACAGCCUUCCCCUGGAGCAGAGGAGGCCCUUCUGAGGACUGAGUAGAAUUUGCCACUGCAGUGAGACCUCCAACGCACCAGGUGGCAGCAGAAAAGAUGAGCAUGAAAAGAGAGAAGGAAGCAACUUUUUUGCUUCAUGCAAUUGCUUUCCAAUUCCCCAAGAAAGCUUCACCUCUCAGCUUUAUCAUGCAGAGGGACUGUGUGAAGGCUUGCAGAAGCGAUUACAAAGAACGAAGUGUCGGACAGGGAACCGUGUACCACACUCUGGGAUUCUUUUUAAAAAAUAUAUUUUAUUCAGGGGUGUUUGAGACCCCAAACUUUCACUGUAGGUAUUGACCUCACAGUGACUUCUAGUCUGGAGUGGUGCAUUAUUUACUAUUUCAAUAGCCAUUGGUCAACACGGUCCACACUCUGAGGGAAGAACAAUCUAAGUUUUAGUAAUUUAUUGUAGGCUUUUGAAUAAACCCAGUGAACUUGAAUAGGGCAGUUUUCAAAAGUUAUAACCAUGUUUAGCAAUGUUACUAGUCUUAUGCAUUUAAACGUGUCAGAGUGUUCCUUGGGCUUGGUCCAGUCAGUACACCUGAAAUGAUUCCAUCUUAUUCAUCUGGCCCACAUGAGCUGGUGUUUUUUGCUUUCGGGGCUAGGAUCUCACAGCCCUGCUGGGUUUUGUUUAUUAGGACAGUGGUUCCCAAACCGCACACCUGACUUUACUCCUUAUAAAGCUCUCAGCUAGCUGGUUCAGGAAUAUAGGUGGUGGACUGUCUUUUUGGGGGGGCCACUAAAUUAGGCAAACGGUUUGAUUGGCCGUCUGGGAUAUCUGGGGCAGGUACUUACAUUUCAAAGAUGUUUUUUGCAGAUACUGUACAUGACAGCAUGUCGCCUAAAGCAUCCUUCUGACUUUGUGUUUCAUCCCAUUAAAAGUAGCUCUGUUCAUUUUGAAUAAUUUAUUAAUAAAACACUAUUUAUGCCAA